AAGUGCUGGACACACAAAAAGGAUCAAACUUGUAACUGCUGCCCACUCUCGCUCUUACCUCGUUGGACAUUCCGCACACACCAUCUUGGCACUCCAAGCAAAGUUAACUGCGCUGGCCCGUUUCUCUUGGUUCAACAUUGUUUCCGACGACAAAGUCGACAGCCAGCCAAAGGUAUUUCAUCAAAGGAAAAUGGAGUCUCUAGCUGGCGAAGUAAAACUGGGAGAUGAAAAGCAGCAAGUGAACGAGGAAUUGUUGCUGAAGCAGAUUACAGAUCUCGUUAUCAACCAACGAUUGUUGUCUGGUAAGGCCAACGCAGAAGAUCGAGUAGUGAAGUUUGUUCAUCCCGAAGAACUUAAGGAGUUGGUGGAUCUCUCGCUAGGUGGCAGUUCAUUAAAUCACGUUCAAAUUUUGGAACUUUGUAAACAAGCUGUGGAAUACAGUGUCAAAACCAACCAUCCGAAGUUUCUGAAUCAGUUGUAUCAUGCAAGCGAUCCUGUUGGACUUGCAGGAGCCUGGCUGUCUGAUGCUCUUAAUACCAACUUGUACACAUUUGAAGUAGCACCAUUUUUCAUGAUGGUCGAGUAUGCAAUCUUAGCUCACCUAAGAGGUUUCAUUGGGUGGGAAGAUGGUGAUGGAAUAUUUGCACCUGGAGGUAGCAUGUCAAAUAUGUAUGGAAUGGUUCUUGCUCGUUACAAGAAGUUUCCUGAGGUGAAAACAAAAGGAGUGGGCAGCAUAGGUGAAUUGGUGGCAUUUACUUCGCAAGAGGGUCAUUAUUCUAUUUCCAAAGCAGCUCACUGGAUAGGCUUGGGAACUGACAAUCUUAUCAUUGUCGCCUCUGACAGCUCUGGAAAAAUGAUACCUGCUGAAUUGGAAAAUAAGAUUGUCAAAGCUUUGGAACAGAAGAAAGUUCCUUUUUUCGUUAACGCAACAUCUGGGACCACAGUUCUAGGAGCUUACGACCCUUUAGAGUCUUUGGCGCUUGUAUGCAAAAAAUAUGACGUUUGGCUUCACGUCGAUGCUGCUUGGGGCGGAGGCGCACUUGUCUCUCAUAAACACCGUUUUUUGAUGGAUGGCAUAGAAUUGGUGGAUUCUGUGGCUUGGAAUCUUCACAAAAUGCUCGGAGCACCUUUACAAUGUUCAGCUUUCUUAACGAAACACAAGGAUAUUCUGCAUCGAUGCAACAGUGCCUCGGCCACCUAUCUGUUCCAGACUGACAAAUUCUACGAUACGCGCUACGAUACUGGAGAUAAGAGCGUUCAGUGUGGUCGCAAGGUAGACGCUUUCAAGCUGUGGUUAAUGUGGAAAGCUCGUGGCGAUCGAGGUCUGGAAGAAAUGGUUGAUAAUGCCUUUGAAUGCGCCGAGUAUUUCUCACGUCAAAUCGGUCAACGUUCAGAAUUUCGACUAGUCCUUUCAGAACCUAAUUGCACGAACGUUUGCUUUUGGUACAUUCCACAUCAGUUGAGGAAUUGUCAGGAAUCUCCCGAAUGGUGGGAACAAAUUUCCAAGGUAGCGCCUGCAAUCAAGAAACGAAUGGUGGAGAAAGGAUCUCUCAUGAUUGGCUACCAACCUUUACCGCAUAAGAAUUUAGUCAACUUUUUCCGUUUAGUCAUCCCUUGUCAGCCCCGUCCUACUCACGAAGAUAUGGAUUUCGUAAUCGACGAGAUUGAAAGAUUGGGAUGCGACUUGUAAAACCUCCCAACUAAAUCUUCCUUUGCCGGACAGUAUCUUUUUAAAAUUGAAAAAAACAUAAAGAGAGUAAAAAAAUGUUAUAGAUUUUCUAGACGGCAAAGUCGUUUUAUUCUGUAGUGUACAUGCUUUAUCAGCAUAUGUCUAUUUUCCUUCAGUGUAAAUUGAUUUAUUACAAUUGGGACACUUGCGUUUUA